AUGAUCUUCAAGCCCUACCUACUCUUUCUUUUGUCUCUCCCCACCGCACUAGCAGCUCCAGCCAAGAGGGACUCGCCAACGGUGACCAUCUCCUCCCCCUCAGCCACGAUAGUGGGGAGCUCUGGUAAGAUCGAGCGCUUUAAUGGCAUCCCUUUUGCGCAACAGCCAACGGGCUCUUUGCGCCUAAAGCCACCCCAGGCGCUAGAGUCCCCUCUGGGAACAAUCACGGCUACCGGGAUUGCGAAGGCCUGCCCGCAGUUCUUUUUCACCACGGAUACCUCCCAGUUUCCGAGCUCGGUGCUCGGUCAGCUCAUUAAUAUUCCGCUCUUCCAAAAGAUCACCAAUGCUGGGGAAGAUUGUUUGACUCUCAAUGUCCAUCGGCCGGCCGGAACAACCGCGGAAAGUAAGCUACCCGUUCUCGUAUGGAUUUUCGGCGGUGGGUUCGAGCUUGGAUCGUCAGCCAUGUACGAUGGGGCGCCCUUGGUCUCCAGUUCAGUGGACCUGGACAUGCCAAUUAUCUUCGUGGCCAUCAACUAUCGCGUCGGUGGGUUUGGCUUCCUACCCGGCAAGGAGAUCCUCAAUGAUGGUUCGGCCAAUUUGGGUCUCCGGGACCAGCGACUCGCUUUGGAGUGGAUCGCCGAUAACAUCGCAGCUUUCGGUGGUGAUCCCGAGAAGGUAACCAUCUGGGGUGAAUCGGCGGGAUCCAUCUCCGUCUUUGACCAGAUGAUGCUCUAUGAGGGGGACCACACCUACAAGGGCAAGCCGCUGUUCCACGGCGCCAUCAUGAACUCCGGGUCGGCCGUUCCCGCCGACCCAGUCGACGGAGUCAAAGGGCAAGCCGUCUAUGAUGCUGUCGUGGCUAGUGCCGGCUGCUCCGAUGCUUCAGAUACCCUGCAAUGCCUGCGAGAGCUCGAUUACACGGACUAUCUCAACGCCGCCAACUCCGUCCCUGGCAUAUUGAGCUACCACUCUGUGGCCCUGUCGUACCUCCCUCGCCCAGACGGAAAGGUCCUCACCGAUAGCCCUGAAGUACUCGGCAAGGCAGGCAAGUACGCCUCGGUGCCUUUCAUCAUCGGCGAUCAAGAAGACGAGGGAACAAUAUUCGCCCUGUUCCAACUCAAUAUCACCACCACGGACGACAUCGUCGACUACCUAUCCAAGUACUUCUUCUACGGUGCCUCGCAGGAUCAGCUCCAAGAGCUCGUAGGCACAUAUCAAACAAUCACGGAGGACGGGUCUCCGUUCCGAACAGGCAUCUUCAACAACUGGUAUCCGCAGUUCAAACGACUGGCCGCAAUCCUGGGCGACCUAACAUUCACACUCACCCGGCGUGUGGUCCUGCAGAUGACAAGUGAUGUCAAACCCGACGUUCCCAGCUGGUCAUACCUCUCCUCGUAUGACUACGGCACCCCGAUCCUGGGAACCUUCCACGCCAGUGACCUCCUACAGGUCUUCUACGGCAUCCUGCCAAACUACGCCUCCAGGUCGACACACGCCUACUACUUCAGUUUCGUGUACGACCAGGAUCCGAAUUCAAGGAGAGGCAACUUUAUGGAGUGGCCGCAGUGGAAGGAGGACAAGCAGCUGAUGAACUUCCAGGCUUAUUCGGGGAAGCUGCUCAAAGAUGAUUUCCGGUCCGAUACGUAUGAGUUCAUUACUAAGAAUGUGGCCUCGCUCCAUAUCUAG